UAGUUUGACAGGAACAGAAAAAAAUAAUUUUCUGCUUCUGCUGUUUGUCGCUGUCGUAGAUUCUUUCAAUCGAAUUUCAGUUUCAAUUGGGAAAAUAACUAAAUUGCCAACUUUAACGUUGUAUUUUGAAGGGAAAUAUCUUUAAAUUGAUUCAAAUUGUGUUUCCUUUACGUGUGAUUUAUAAAAAGUGUUAAAAUGACGGUGGACGGGGACGAGAAAGCGGCCCGGUUUCGCGUGUUCAUGGACAUAUCAAUAGGGGGCUUGCCUUCUGGCCGCUUGGUCUUCGAGUUGUUCAAUGACAUCGCUCCGAAGACUGCGGAGAAUUUCCGUGCGUUAUGCGCCGGAGACUUGGGUAUUGGGAAGAAUACCGGAAAACCGUUGACGUAUAAGGGCAUGCUAUUCCACAGAGUGGUGAAGGACUUCAUGAUCCAGGGUGGAGACUUCACCAAUGCUAAUGGAACUGGUGGGGAAUCUAUCUACGGUGGUACUUUUGAAGAUGAGACGUUUGAGCUGCAGCAUGAUCGGCCAUAUUUGUUGUCUAUGGCAAACAGGGGCAAAGACACAAAUGGUUCCCAAUUCUUUAUAACCACACAGCCGGCGCCGCAUCUCGACAAUGUGCACGUAGUGUUUGGUCACGUUAUCGGCGGCGCGACGCUGGUGCGGCAGCUGGAGGCGCUGCCCGUGGACCGCAACGCGCGGCCUCUGCAGGACGUCUGCGUCACCAACUGUGGACAGCUGGUCAGGCUCAGCGCAAAGAAACGUAAACAAGAGAAGGAACAAAAAGCUGAAAGCGAUGCUGAGUCUGAGCACUCUCAUAAGAAAGAUAAGAAGAAGAAGAAGGACAAGAAGGAAAAGAAGAAGAAGAGGCGCCACUCCGGCUCAGGAGACGAGGACGAGGAACCGGAGGCACCUUCUCACCCCCUCGUUUCCACCACCAAGAUAGACCCUAGAGAGAUACCCGAUGUCCCCACUAACAGGUUCCUCAUGAGAGGAGGGAGGGACCAGGAUGAUCAGAGGACUGACAGAAGGGAUCGCGAGAGGAUGAGGUAUCGUGAGAGAGAACAUCGCUCAUACACGCGCAGUGGGCGUGUCAUUAAGGGGCGGGGCGUAUUUCGUUACCGCACGCCGUCUCGCUCGCGGUCCCGCUCGCGCUCGGUGACGCCGCCUCACUGGCGGCAGGCGCAGCGACGCAUCAUCAAGCUGUCUGAGUUUGAGGAUCACAAAUCAAAACAUUUACAGCGCGCCGAGCAAGAGAGAGAGAAGGAACAACAAGAGUCUUCUAAGAAGAAAGAGAUUGAGAGGCAGCAGAGCCGUGAUGCUGAUGACGGUGGCAACACUCCGGUCAAUGACCCCGAGGAGAAAGAGGAAGGGGAAUGCGAUUCUACCAUUGACCGUUCUCGCCACGAGAAGAUUGAUUACAACGCGUUGGAUUUCGAAGAGGACAUUGAACAUGACGAGGAUUCGUCUAACAAACGCAAGACAGUGGAGAAGCCGGAGCGACGUCGCGACGCUCGGCGGCCGACGCCGGAGAACAGGGCCGACAUGCUGGCCAUGGCGUUAGGAGUCAACCCUAAGCAUGAUCAGCAGAGAGACGCAGCAUUCAGCCGCGACACUCGCGACGCCCGCGAAGGUCCCCCUCGUCGCCGUGAAGGCCUCUCGUCCACCGUGGGCUACGCGGCUCCCAAGCUGUCCUCAGCCGUGGCCAACGUGUCGGAAGGCCUCGCUAAGGGACAUCAUGAGGAUAAGGCCAAGGAUGACUACGAUCCUUUCAGUCUGUUGAGGAGCACGUUUAAUAGGGGGGAGAAGAAGGAGCAAAGGAAAGAACCGGAGCGUCCAGAUCGCCGCGAAACAGUAAAAUCACGUUUAGGAGAAAAGGAGAAGGAAAAAGAAAAAGAUGACAGACGCGAUCGCUUCAGAAGUGAAAAAGACGACAGGGAUCGUAAACAUUCGGAACAAAGAAACGACAAGGAGGACAGGGGCCGCAAACCUUCAGAGGCUAAGAACGAAAAAGACGAAAGAUCUCGUAAACCAGACAAUAAAGAUAAAGAAGAAAGACUUAGGAAACUAUCUGAAAUGUCCGAACCGAGAAACGAAAAAGAGGAAAGACAACGUAAAAACUCUGAGCAGAAGAAUGAUAAGGACGAUGAUAAUAAGAGAAGCGAAAGAGACCGUAAGAAUUCUGAGCAGAGGAAUGAGAAAGAUGACAGGGUUCGUAAACAUUCAGAGCAGAGAAGUGAAAGAGAAGAUAGGGAUCGUAAGCAUUCAGAUUACAGGAGGAAUGACCGACAGAGGAGAGAGAGAUCUGAGCAGAGGGACAAGAGUAAGGAGCGUGGGAGAAGUGAGAAGAGUAGAGAUGAUGAUAGGAGUAAGGCUAGGGACGAUGAUAAGGAUAAGAAGAGGAGACGGUCGCGUACUCCGUCGCCGGCUAAAGAGAGAUCUAAGUCCCGCGAUCGUAAGCAAUCAGUGACAGAGACGCGAGAGAAGAGUGGCGAGCGCACACCGCAAGAUGACGACAAGAAGAAGGUAGGUCAAGAAGAUGAACGUAAUGAGGCUCGCAAAGAGCUGAUGGAGAUAGUUCGCCUCAUCAAGUCCAGACAGCGCGACAGGGAGAACAAACAGGCUGCAGUUCAAGCUAAGAAGAAGCGUGAAUCGUCCGACUCUGACAGUUCUGACUCGGAGCACGAGAAGAGACGACGACGCUCCUCAGACAGGGACCGCAGGAGACGGAGUAGCUCCAGAGGUCGUCACUCUAGCUCUGAGCGUCGCCCGCGCAGACGCCGCUCGCGCUCCCCGCGCCGCGAGCGACGCGACCGACGCCGCUCAUCCUCCGACCGCUAAACAUUAUUAUUGUACGUGACUUAUUAUAUUAUGUACUCUAGGAUAUAGUGAACAUUAUUUUAUAUUGACUAGUGGACUCAUGAGCUGUACGAGAGUGAUUAAAAGAGGAAAAAUAAUGAUGUGACGUGGGAUAUUUAGGGCCAUUUCAUUUACUUCGUUUAGCCGUCUAUAACAGUCCACACUACUCGCAAAGUUGGCCGAGAUAAGGUGGAUACGAGGAGUAUUUAGGGGCACUUUGAGUUACUUUGCCUCCUCAUUGGCUCCGAUGAGCCUUCCCAAAUACCUCGCAGAGGAACUUCGCGACUAGUGUGGGGGAUGUUUUACUCUAAAAGUGUGUUUAACGUAUUUUGAGAGUAUUUUUGGUUAAAAUCAGAACUUGUCUAACAGUCAAAAGUACUGGUUUUAAAGAUUGAGUCCAAAAAUUACUUUUCUCUUUAAUCUUGCUUGUAUUCAUGGAUCCCCAAUAUUUACGCGAGUUUGCAGAGGUAUACUUUCCUUACUCCGUGUAAUCAUAAAAUAUAUUUUCGAUGAGAAAUGUUUUAUUAAAUCAAAUGUGUCUUUAAAAAAAUAUCUUUAGUAUCACCUGUGGUAUCACGUUGCAUUAAAAUAUGGCCGGUAUUAUUAAUUUGUAAAAGUAUUCAUCGUCAGACAUGAAAAAGUUAUCGGUGAAAGAUACAUAUAAUUUUUAUAUAGGCUCCUUCUGUUUUUAACCGACUUCGAAAAGGAGAAGGUUCUUAAUUUGUUUUUGUUUCUAUAUUUUAGUUUUAAGACAUUCAAGACUUGCGCAGCCUUUUCGAUGCGCUUGAAAUUUUAUUAAGGACAUACAAAAUAGAAAUGAACUUUUUUUAUACACAAGUCAGUGUAUACAGUGAUUUUAAUACGAAAAUAUUAAAAUCGAUGUUUAGUUAAGUUGACGAUAAGUGUGUGCUUUUAUCAGAUAAAUAAAAAUUUUAGUUCGAUAUCAGUAUAAACGUGUUUUAGUUUUACUCUAUUUUACAGAACUUGUGUGGACAACGGAUUAAAUACAUAUUACAAA